AUCUUUUUGCGACGAUGGACCAGGCGGACCUCAAGGCGCCGCUCUACGACGCCAUGGAUGCGGACCGCAAGCCGGCGGUCUGCGCGACGCCCGUCGGCUUCUGGCGCAGCCUCAUGAGCUGGGACGCGCACACGCUGCUGCGGUACAUGCGCUACCUCAACGUCAUGCUGGCGCUCUUCCAGGCGCUCGCCGGGUUCUUUGGCCUCUUUGACUUGGCAAUGCUCAACAUUACGAGCUUCCUCAUCGCCGUCUAUGUCAUCAUCUUUGCGCUGCUGCUCUUGGCGUUCGAGUGCCGGUUCUCAUCCAUGGAGCCGUCGAUUCGCCGCCAGUUUGGCUUUCUCUUUACGUACCGCGGGCGCACGGCCUUCAUCUUCUUCGUCGGUUUUAUGGACUUUGGCAUGGCCGACGCCAUGGCCAAGAUCGCGGGCGUUCUCAUGUGCCUCAACGCGGUGCUCAACCUCAUCGUCAUUACCAUGCACCCGGCCUUUCGCAGCGGCAGCCUUCGCGCCGACAUGGACCCGACCGUCGGGUACACAGCCGGCGAGCAAGAAGCGGCUCAAGUCUUUGCCAAGAACGCGCACUUGGCAGCGCAAGCAGGCACAUACGCGUUCGCACACGUGUCGCCCGAGGUCGCGACGCAGAUCGUCCAGCAGGCCGCGGCGCAGCAAGCCAACAAUGGCAGCUACGUGCCGCCGCGCCAGAGCUAGAUAUCUGCAGACAUCUUGUAAAGAACUCGCGGUGUGUCCCGA